AGCUUUAUUUAAAUAUAAUUUAGUUAACUAUAAAAAAAAAGAUUAUAUAUUAUAGAUUAAUUUUGUUUAAUAUCUAUUAGAAACGCUAUUUUUAUAAUGAUUAACAAUGCUUUCACAAACCCACUUCUUAAAUCAAAAAAUGAUUAAAAUUUACCUGAAUGUACAGACUACGGAUGACCAUACAGGACGUAUGAUAUUCAAGAAGAUCACAAUAUAUAAAAAAUGGAAGACUGGCUGGCAGCGCUUAAAGUCACUGCCAGUAGAGAUCUCUUAAAUCAGCCUCUUGGUACAGACCUUAAUGAUCUUCUCUCGGGAAAUCACUCAUGGCAUGCUACCUCUCAUGCCCGUCCAACGUAUUGUAAUAUUUGCAGAGAGCAGCUAUCCGGGGUUACUUCUCAUGGAUAUAGUUGUGAAAUAUGCAAAUGUAAAGUUCAUAAGAGAUGCGUUGCCAAAGCAAUUAAUAACUGCAAGUGGACAACACUGGCUUCUAUUGGAAAAGACAUCAUUGAAGACAAGCAAGGGAAUAUUUUGAUGACCCACCAAUGGAUGGAAGGAAAUCUCCCAGUGUCUUCGAAAUGUGCAGUCUGUGAUAAAACCUGUGGAUCAGUUCUGAGACUUCAGGAUUGGAGAUGCUUGUGGUGUAGAGCAACAGUUCAUACUGCAUGCCGCCCGAAGCAUACAGUAAAAUGCCCAUUAGGGCCCAGCAGACUAAGUGUCGUCCCACCUACGGCGAUACAUUCUGUUGGUAAGAGUAGAAAAGAUUCUGUGCUAAAGGAAUCCCAGAAAUUCAAUUGUCCUUUGGUCACAGGAAAUGACGACACUUUAGAGGCGAUCCAACCUCAUGGGUGUUCGCCACUAUUGGUGUUUGUCAACUCGAAAUCUGGUGAUAACCAGGGUGUAAAAUUUCUCAGACGGUUUAAGCAAAUACUAAAUCCAGCGCAAGUGUUUGAUCUCAUCGGCAAUGGUCCGGGUCCUGGCUUAAGAUUGUUCAGACAUUUCAAUCCCUUUAGAGUCUUAGUUUGCAGUGGUGAUGGAUCAGUUGGUUGGGUGUUGUCUGAAAUUGAUAGGCUGAACAUGCAAGUACAGUGCCAUGUUGGUGUAUUACCUUUAGGCACUGGUAACGACUUGGCUCGUGUGUUGGGUUGGGGUGCAUCGUGCGAUGAUGACGCUCAUUUGCCACAAAUACUAGACAAAUAUGAACGCGCCAGCACUAAAAUAUUAGACAGAUGGAGUAUUAUGGUGUACGAACGUAGCAUAGAUGUAGGUAGUGGCACAAAGCUCACUAUGAAUUCCGGGGUGCAAGAAAGUAAUAAUUUAGAGUCAUCCAUAUCAACAUACUACAAUUGUAUUAUGGCCAAUUUGAACAAUAUAUUACAAUCCAAUCAGCAUUGCAUAAUAAUCAACACAGCUAAAACCCUGUGUGAUACAGUCAAGGAAUUUAUUAUGUGUAUAAGUGAGCUGAACAAUGGCGCUGGUAACGAUGAACUAAGCAACAUGCAACAAGAUAUAAAAUAUAAACUGGACAGACUUUUACAGUUGUUACAAACGGAAGAAUUUAAAAUAUCUUACGAUUCAAAUGAAGUGGAAAACAACUCGCCAGUUCCAAAUGUAAAAAAUUUGCUACAAAGUGAGAUAAAAACCAACCCCUUAAAGAAUAAUGAAAAAUCUUCUACAAAUAAAAAUUCAGCAUACAAGUCUAAAUUAUCAGUAAGAACCAAUAGUCUCAAAAAAUCAGUAACACGACUAAUUGAACACUCCAGAAAGAUUCAAAAUACAUUUGUUCUGACCUCUUUUCCUUCAACAUUAAAGCUGUCCUCGAGCAUAGACACCAAUCUUAAUUUACAACAGCUAACUCCAACGUCAGUUAUAAACCCAGUAUCAAUAUCUCCCGUACCAAGUAUGAGGAGAGACUCGGAUGUAUGUUCAACAGACCUCAACAUCGAAUCAUUACCUGCCCCUGUAGAAUUUGCUGAUUGCUAUCAAGAUACAGUUAUUGAUGACCAAAACGGAGUGCUUUCUGAAGAAGAUACUAGUACAUAUCAGACAUCUCAGUACGACGAUUUAAACAGUUACUGUCAAAUGUAUGAACAUGAUAAAACAAAAAUUGAAAAUAGGGACCAAAAAACCGAACCAAUAAAAUCAUAUCCGCCAUUUAAAAUAUGUGAAGAAGAAACAUUGGGAAAUAUCGGACAUAUUGACUCUUCCGAAGCUUCAGAUGAAUUGCCUAACAGCUACAAAAUGUACGAUAAUAGAUAUUCGGGCACUGCGACGCGGUACAGCUUUCGUCAAGCAUGCCGUGCCUCAUUCUCACGCACUAAUCUAAAAAUGCAUAUUGGAGUUAACGAGUGUAUGGAAUCUGAUGCAGAUGCCACAAAUUUGAUAUCCACGUCUCCAGAAGAUGAGGAAAGCGAAGAUUUCCGGAAAGAAUUAGGAAUUGAAGAAAAUGUUCCUAAAAAAUGUAGCAUUGCUCAUUUUAUCGAAGGGAACGAUAUUGCUAGGAGGUCAAUCAAAUGUCGGCAUAUUAAUAGGACAUAUAGCGACAUGGAAGCAGACACUGAAUUUGGGUUUAGGAGUAUAAGAGAAGAAUCAGAAAAGUCAAAUAAUAGUCUAGGUUUAGAGUUAUCAGAUGAUUCAAAUCUAAAAGCAGAAAUUAAUGUCAGAAUCAAAGGUUCCGAUAGCAAUUUAAGUUCUAAUGGUGAUGGUGAUAAAUUCUUUCAACCACCAAUCUCCAAAUCGUUAGCCGACCCAGUUUCUGACAGCGAAGAUACCGCAAUACAGGAAUUCAAACCAAUGAAAAGAAGUUUAACAAUGACUGGUCCAGCUGUUGUAAUUAACCCGCCGUCUCCUCAACAUUUCAGUUCUGAUAAAAAGUGUGACAUAGAAGACGCUCAUUUAGAUUUCAGAAGAAACAGUUUUGAUAGUUGUCGUAGACUUUCUGCCGCUUCACCUGUCAUGUUAAGUGCUUCACCCCUUCGAUCGUCUCAUCGAAUUUCAAGUAGUACAGCAUUGCACACUCGCAAUCCAUCACCUACGCCGUGUUCAUCACAGAAUGAAACAACACUGAAACAGGGCAAACAGUUACCAAUUAUUAACCCAUUAGUAACUUUACCUUCAUGGCCUAACGUAGCAGAGUCCAGUUUAAUAAGUCAAGUGUUGUUAGCAAACGCUGAUGCUUUGUGCGCUCCAGCAGUUCCUUUAAUGGAUCCAGAUGAAACAUUAUUGGAAGGAUUUUUUGAAAAAUGCAUUAUGAACAAUUAUUUUGGCAUUGGCAUAGAUGCUAAAAUAUCACUGGACUUUCAUCACAAAAGAGAAGAACAUCCAGAAAAGUGUAGGUCGCGAACAAGGAAUUAUAUGUGGUAUGGAGUUUUAGGAAGCAAACAAUGGUUACAGAAAACGUACAAAAAUUUAGAUCAAAGGGUUCAAUUGGAGUGUGACGGACAACGUAUACCUCUUCCUUCGUUGCAAGGAAUAGUCAUUUUGAAUAUUCCUAGUUUUAUGGGCGGAACUAAUUUUUGGGGUGGCACCAAAGAAGAUAGGGUAUUCUUAGCGCCGAGUAUCGAUGAUCGUAUAUUGGAAGUGGUCGCUGUCUUUGGCACCAUUCAAAUGGCUGCUUCAAGAUUGAUAAAUCUCCAACACCAUCGCAUUGCCCAAUGCACUACAGUGCAAAUAAACAUUUUGGGCGAUGAAGGAGUUCCAAUACAGGUUGACGGUGAAGCAUGGAUACAGCCUCCUGGUAUGAUACGCAUAAUUCACAAAAACCGGAUGAAAAUGUUGUGUCGAAACAAAGCUUUAGAGUUAUCUUUGAAAUCUUGGGAAGAAAAGCAAAAACAAAUCAAACAUCAAAAUAAAAGAACACACAGCCAGUCAUUAUGUCGGUAUACACCACUCAGUCAAGAGGAAUGGAAAAUUUUGCAAGACUUUAUGGAAGCCGCGAUGAAUCUUAUUGGACUUAUCAAAGAAAUUUUAUUAAACCAAAGAUGGCUAAAAGGAGACAAUUUAAAGAAGCUGAUAGAUUCGACAAAUGAGAAUAUUAAAAAAAUUGGUAUAGUUGAGAAUGUGACUAAAGAGAGAGAAUUACGUUCAGUAGCUACAGAUGUUGUCUUGAGUACUAAACGUUUACAUGAAGAGACUCUCGCUUCUAUUAGAACUGCCGGAAAUGUUUUCGAUGGAGAAUUUGUUAUAAAGCUUACAUUGGCGUUCAGCCGUCUGGAAAUGGAACUUAAAAAGUGUCUCAUAUCUUCAAAAGACUCCGAGAAUGAUUCAACGUCAUCUUACGUUUACUUUCUGAGUGACCUCUAUGAAUCUGAUAAAUUAUGCCGUAAAGGACAAUUCUGGCAAAGGUUAUGGGGUGCAAACGUGACAAACGCUAAAGUACUCAGUCUAGACGUAACUAAUUGGAGCACGGUUGAAGUCGGUAUAUGGUUAGAAUCGAUGCAAUUAGGUGAAUACACUGAAUUGUUUGUCAAUAAUGACAUCAGAGGCAAAGAACUAUUGAGUUUAUCGCGGCGCGAUCUCAAAGAAAUUGGCUUGGCCAAAGUAGGACACAUUAAACGCAUACUUAUGGCCGUGAAAGAAUUGAAUGUAAUUAAUGAGGACCACUAGAGCUUUUAAAAAUAACUUGGCAAUAAUUUUUUUUAAAAUUAUUUACUUAUACUGUUGAUAAUUUUACAAGUUUACUAUUUAACAAAAAAACUCGCUAAACUCGAGUAAACAUUUUCCCAUGGUUUUGACCAAAGUGUGAUUAACUCGAGACAACUUCAGGGUUAUGAGCUGUAUGGUCGGUAACUUUAAACAGUUUAUGUAUGUAUACUGAUCCAAAAAAUAUGCGCAUAAAUUACAUAUUUACUUAUUUCUUGUAUGACACAAAAGACUUUUUUAUAUUAAAUCGCGCAACAAGGAUAAUCGACAUCUAGGUUAUUGUUGUAGUUUUUUAGUCAUUUAUGGUUCAAGUUCAUUGUAGUGUUCUUAAAAUUGUGUUAGCUUUUGUUUGAUUGAAAUUCCAAAUAAUAUUCUAACUUAUUGUUCCAUGUUUUUAAUGUUACUUUACUAUUUUACGGCAACUGAUAAACAUUAAUACAAUUUUAAAAGUGCCAAAGUUUUUUCCUAUCUUAUUAUUCUUAAUUAUAUAGUUUUAAUAAUCUUCCAUUAAUCGUAACAAAAGUGCCAAAGAAUAAACUCGCAUUUGCAUUUUCUUGAUACUCGCCACUUGUUCUGAUUAUAUAAAUUAUUUAAUAUCUAUAAUUAUUUGUUUUUUUAUUAUGCACCUCGAUUUGAUAUUUUGAUUUUGUUAUAAGUGCCCUAUUCGUUUACCUUUUUUUACGCACAUUGCACACGCACAUAAUAUAUUCUUAUAAUUAUUAUUAUAACUUUAAAUAUUAUGUUAUACAUUGGUAUACUGUCAUUUAUAAAUUACAUCAUGAUUUUAGGCGAAUGGUCAAUUUUUUUUACUAUCAUACGUAUUAUUAUUGUUGUAAUGUAUAACCACUUUUUGCGUCUCGCUGAGAACUUUUUUUAAAAAAACUCUUAUAAACUAAUUGAAUUUAUAUUGAUAUUGAUAAAAAUUACUAUUAUUAACUUUUCGGUGAAAAUGCAGGUAAUUUGUAUGGAUAAAGUUAUGGCUUUAGAUAGAAGGACUUAUUAUUGUGUUAUUAAUUUGUGAAUUGCUAUCGAGUACUGACUAUACCAAUAAUGUGUUUCAUUGUAGUAUUUUUGUAAUUACUUCUCACCUUCAUAAUAAUAUUAUAAGGGUAGUUGUCAUCUUCUUGAAUUUUUAUAGGUAAUUAUAUUUACACUGUGAAAUUAUUAAUACUGGUGCUAACCAUCUAUUUAUAUAUAUUUUUUUUAUUAUUUAUAAAGAAAACUAGUUUAAUAUUAGUGAUUUUUAUUGUACUCACAAAAGACUAUUAUACUGAUCUGUAAUUAAUAUUAGUGUAGUAUUAGCUAUGAUACACAAAAAAGGUUUUGUUGACAGGGUUAAUCAUAAUACACGACUGCCCGUGUGUCAAUAUAGCAUAUAGGUGACUAAAUUAAUUAUAUUAUAUAUAAUUGUUUGUUUAAAGACAAUGACGAGCUGUUAAAAUUCUAAUUGUACGCUAUAGGCCUAUUAUAAUAUCAAGUAUUAGCAAUAAUUAUUUGUUGAGCAAUAGUUAAGUAAGUUCCUAUUGAAAUUUGUGUUUACUUUUUAUCUAAACUGUUAUUAUAACUAAACAAUAUUAUGUAGAAUAGAUGUACUUAAUACAAUUAAUACAUUUUUUCAAAGAGUGUACUAGUUAAUGGUAUAUUCCAUUUAAUCUUUGAAUUUGAUGUUAUAAUUUUUUUUUAAAUAAA